GGUGGAUGAAAACCCUGAGCUCUGUGAUUGCCAGCUGAAGUCAAGGGCCGUUGCCUUUAGUCUUGAAUUGAGCCCAUUCCCAGAGCCCUGCAACGCUACUGCUUUCUGACCCCCCUCCCCAACCGACCGCGUCGAGCUUUCGCGCUACCUGCGCCUCGCUCAACUCCAAGUUGCAGCACCCAGCAAUGGAGAGCAAGCGCAAAGUGAGCGGCGCCAACGGUCUGGAGACCACCGCCGAUACCGAUCGUGCUGCGAAACGUCGCAAAUUAAUAGAGGAAUAUGGCGACUUGGCAAAUGGCGAGACGAGCGAAUCCACGACUGCUUAUGGCUUAAGCAUCCUCGAGUCCAUCAGAGCUACCACAGACAAAAACGGUCGCGCAGUGUCUCCCUAUUUUGAAACUCUUCCUUCACGAUCAGAAAACCCACAGUACUACAAGAAGAUACGGCUGCCUUUGUCACUUGAGAUAAUUGAGCGCAAACUCAAAGACAAACAAUACGCUACCCUAUCUUCUCUCGAGAGUGACUUCAAACGCCUCGUCUCCAAUGCAAAGGAGACGAAUGAUCGGAGCUCCACCAUUUUUGGCGACGCAGAACGUGUACGCAAAGCUGUCAGCAACCUGAUGGUCAAACAUAAUCCUGCAUAUAAAGCUGGCAAUUACCAAGCAGUACCUACACCACUUCCGCCUACCCCUGAACCAGAGGAUGCCGAUGAUCAGGAAGAGCUUGAUGAUGAAGUAGAUGGCGAAACCACUGCGCAGGCUAUCGCUGAGGAUGUAGAGCCUCCACAGAAAGCUGGUGCUGAUGACGCCGAAGCCGAGGAAGAGGGAGGAGAGGGGGAACGAGAACGAGAUGAGAAUGAGGAGGCAGAUGAUGACGGUGAUGAAGGACAAGAGGAUGAAGAGGAAGAGGAGGGGGAAAACGAUGAGGAUUCUCAGCCAAGACGUCGACGAGGAUCAUCAUGGAGGAAAGCUGAUCCCAGACCUUCUCGAGAUUCAGCAACACCAGGGCGGAAAGCCAUUCAGCGUACUGGAAAAGCAGACCACUAUUAUGAAAACAUAUCGUUUAGCCAACUCAACUUCCAGCAGGCUCAGGAAAAACUUAUUGAAGAAUUGAUUCGUAAGAAGGAGGAUCCCGAUGACUAUCCAUACUUCGAGCCGUUCAUUUACCUCCCCCCACGUACUUUGAGAGAUUAUUAUGAAGUUAUCGCCGAACCCUUAUCACUCAAAGCGUUGCAAAAACAGGUUCGGGGCCAACACGGUCGAUUGGAAGCAACGUGGGUUAGCGAUUUCAAAAGCUGGGCCGCUUUCGAAGACCAGGCAAGCCUGAUAUGGAAGAAUGCGUAUCACUACAAUGAAGACGGCAGUGAAAUCUUUGCAAUGGCACAGGAACUCGAAGAAACGUUUCAUGAGUUUCUUAAAGAAGCCAAAGAGAACGUGCCAGAACCACCUCAGCCUAAAAUCAAAUUAAAGGUGCCGCAGGCUUCAGAGACUCCAGGGCACCCCAAGAAAAUUACCAUCCACGUGGGUGGUAAAAAUAGUGCGGCAGGAUCUCCUGCUCCGCCGACAGGGCUGUCUGGAGAUAGUGAGGCAACACGGAAUGAGACUCCUGUCAACAAAAAUCCAUUUGGUGGUGCAAGUUCAACUGGGACAUCAGUCAAUCUGAGUCAGUUAGACAAGGCACGGAGUAUGUCCGCGUCCGUAGGCCCACCCAGCCCGAGCGUAAUGGGCGUGACAAAGACGGAGGAUAACGUGCAAGCAACACCCGUCCCUCGGCCACAGGUUACAACCACGACAUUCCAGCAUUUUGUCCCGGUGGUGACGAAUGUUCCCGUUCCAACAACUAAUGGUCUUACUGCACAAUACCAGCAGCCUCCGCCUCCACCACCGCCUCCUAAGCGAAGUGCUACUGAUAUCCUAGAAGCACAGAAGUAUCGGCCGCAUCCGAUUAGUGAAGGGGAGGCUCUCAUGCCGAGAUUGGUCAUUACAACCCAUCCUUCGGCUCAAGUUGAGAACAAGCUUGUAGCCACCCUCCAUGCUAGUAUGACCGAAUACCAGCAGGAUAUUGUUAUUAACAUGCCAGUGAGCCACUUUCGAUUGCAGUUUAAGCCACUGGUUGCGUCGUUCUUAGAAACAGAGCAACGUGAAUGGAAGCUCAACGUGAUGCACGACACAGCACGGCUGUUUCCCUCGUCGGCAUCAUAUGAAAGGAGAGGGGAACCAGUUUUUGACGUUACGUUACGGUACGGAAUCAACCGUCUUGAGGUGACACUUAUUGCAGCGCUCCCGAAGGGGGAGAAAGCACCCAAUGGUUUAAAUAUGGAGAUGGAGAGGUUUGUUCUACACAUGAAUCUCCUCAGGCACUGAUACCUCGCGAAUUGCGCGUGAAAAUAUCUAGGGGAGAAUUUGUUGAGCAGUAUAUUGCCUCCCACCCCUCCCAAAAGAAAAAUGUCGACACCGUGUUUUCAUCUCUUCGCAGAGCAUGGAGCCCUGAGUCUCGCUACUAGACGUUCAACCAAAAGCCAUCAGCGUUCGAGGUUGAGUUUAACUCGGGCUAUAUCAGCUCAAUAUUCACCGCUU